CCCUGAACGAUGGUGUGCCAAGAACGAACUCCGAUUUGCAACCAGUUCUCAUUAAGCUGCGAAACAACACAGACUCGAGCAAAAUGUCCCUUGACGAGAGAUUCGAGACUGCGGCCGUAGAGGUAAAGAAUAUCUCAAAACUCCCCACGAAUGAGGAGCUCCUUGAACUCUAUGCAUUGUUUAAACAGGCAACUGUUGGCGAUAUUGAUACCCAGAGACCCGGAAUGUUGGACAGAAAGGGCCGAGCGAAAUGGGACGCCUGGAACGGCAAGAAGGGCACUUCUCAAAACGCCGCAAAAGAAGCCUACGUCGAUUAUGUUAAUAAAAUAAUCCAGAAAUACAAAUAAACUAUCGCUCCCAAGUUAAUGAAGAAACGAUAAAAGUAUCACACGCUGAUUACGACAGGGUAAAGAGAAAUGAAAAAGCAUCAUCUAACUUAAAAAGAAAAGUCAGCAUAUUAACGAGAGAAACUCAGAAACUGAUAAAUGUAAUAUUACUGAGAAUAAAUUCCAAACUACCACUUGAAAGACA